AUGACUUCAUCAAAACUGCCUCUGCUGCUGGUGCUGCUGGCCUGUGUGGAGUACAGCCUGUCUGCCUCUUGUGUUGUUGACAGCUUUAACGUCAAAGAGGAUUUUGACCCAAAAAGAUAUGCAGGUAAAUGGUACGCUCUGCAGAAGAAGGAUCCUGAGGGUCUGUUCCUUCAGGACAACAUCUCUGCUGAGUACACGAUUGAUGAUGAUGGAAGCAUGACUGCCUCCUCCAAAGGUCGGGUAACUCUCUUUGGUUUCUGGGUUGUGUGCGCUGAUAUGGCUGCUCAGUACUCUGUCCCUGACCCUGAAACCCCUGGUAAGAUGUUUAUGAACUACCAGGGACUGGCCAGCUACUUGUCCAGCGGAGGUGACAACUACUGGGUGAUCGACACUGACUAUGAUAACUAUGCUAUCACCUAUGCCUGCCGUACCCUCAAAGAGGAUGGCUCCUGCGAUGAUGGAUAUGCCCUGGUCUUCUCCAGGAACCCCCGUGGCCUGCCCCCUGCCAUCCAGCGUGUUGUCCGCCAGAAACAGGAAGACAUAUGCAUGGCUGGGCAGUUCCAGCCUGUGCUGCAGUCUGGAGCCUGCUAA